AGUAGCACGGGACGCUCCUCUCCUCUCGCGCCCCCAACAAUAGAGUGGUACGUACCAUUAUCACAGCGCACAAUGGGGACAUUUCCCCACGAAUUGACAUCACUUCGCGUGCUUCUCGUCGAAAAGAGCGUGCACGUCGUCCGUGUGUGAGUUUCACGCGGUUUAUUUUUUCCUCCCGAGCCCGCUCGUUGCCUCCUCGGAGCGGAUUUAACGCCGGAUUCCACCCGCGGUUCUCCGGAGCGUCCCCUCGGAAAAACAGAUUCCCCGGGUCGCUCUCCUCUUCCAGCAGCAGGACUACAUUUGAUGUCAGCGACCCGAACAAACAUGGAGCCGAGCCGGGGAUUUAAAGCCUUGGAUACGGGGGCAUGCGCUGCGGCUCAGUGAGGAUGGACGGACAGUAAAGAGGAAUUAUUUUUUAACAAACAUAUCAGUUAGUGGUGUUGCAGCAGAAGGAUGCCGCUGGUGAAGCGCACCAUCGAGCCCCGGCACCUGUGCCACACGGUGCUGCCGAGGAACAUCAAGAAUGAGCUGGAGUGUGUGACUAACAUCUCCUUGGCCAACGUCAUCCGCCAGCUCAGCAGCCUGAGUAAAUAUGCAGAAGACCUGUUCGGAGAGCUGUUCAACGAGGCCCACUCCUUCUCCUUCCGGGUCAACUCUCUGCAAGAGCGAGUGGACCGCCUCUCCAUCAGUGUCACACAGCUUGACCCCAAAGAGGAGGAAUUGUCUCUUCAGGACAUCACCAUGAGAAAGGCCUUCAGGAGUUCCACCAUUCAGGACCAGCAGCUUUUCGACCGCACGUCGCUGCCCAUCCCUCUGCAGGAGACCUUCGAGACCUGCGAGCGGCCGCCGCCCCUCAACAUCCUCUCGUCCUACAGGGACGAUGGGAAGGAGGGCCUGAAGUUCUACACCAAUCCAUCCUACUUCUUCGACCUGUGGAGAGAAAAGAUGCUGCAGGACACAGAGGACAAGAGGAAGGAGAGGAGGAAACAGAAGAUGAAGGCAAUAGAGCGUCCGCCGGAGUCGGAGAAGAUCCCGCGGGCGCCGCACGACCGUAAAAAGGAGUGGCAGAAACUGGCUCUGGGUGCGGAGCUGGCGCAGGACAUCCCUGAGGACAAGCACAGAGAGGCCAACGGAUCUGCAGGUUAUCAUAACAGGGACCCUAUGUACACGGAGGAAAUGGACGGGCACUUUUCGCUGGCGGCGCUGCCCUACACCCAGAUGAACGAGCUGCUGAACCGCACCGGGGACAGAAUGUAUUCGCGGCCCCACGACCCGCCACCACCUCCUCCCAUGCACCCACUGGGAGAGAUCAAGCCACCCUCUGUGAUCAGCUCCAGUUCGGGUUUUUCCGACAGCAGACCUCAGUCUCCGGCACGAACAGCAGGAUUCAACUCCAACACUCCUCCUCCCCCGCCUCCACCUCUUCCCCCUCCGCCUCCGCCCUUACCCUCCUCAGGCAUGCGGGGCACCCCUCCUCCUCCCAUUCCUCCUCUACCAGUCCAGCAGCCCAUGGCGAUCCCACCUGCCCCUGCUCCCCUCCAGAUUGCUCCGGGGGUGCUCCACCCGGCGCCUCCGCCCGUGGCGCCUCCACUCCACUCUUCCUCCCCGGCUCGUCUCCAGCAGGUCCUGGACAAGGGCCCACCCAUGAGCUUUGGAGCCCAUGCGGCCGGCAACAUCCUGCCUCCUCCCCCACCGCCUCCUCCUCUGCCUCUCCCCGGAGCGCGGAGCUCCUCGCCGGGUAUGUCAGGACCGCCACCGCUGCCGGCCUUCCCCUCAGCAGGAGCCAUGGCCUCACCCCACAACCUCCACGAUUUGGGGUCCAAGAGGCACCACCCAGCCAGUCUACCGCCCAUCAGCGAUGCUCGCAGUGUCCUGUUGGAGGCCAUCAGAAAAGGCAUACAUCUGCGAAAAGUGGAGGAGCAGCGAGAGCAAGAGGCUAAACACGAGCGAGUCGGCAACGACGUGGCCACCAUCCUGUCCCGGCGCAUCGCUGUGGAGUACUCCGACUCCGAGGACGAGUCCGAGUUCGACGAAGGAGACUGGAUGGAGUGAUGGCCGUCAGAGAGAUGGGGGAAAAAAUAAAAAGCAGCGGUGGCAGGAGAGGACAAAAUUGUUCAGGUGCACCCACCUCCAAAUACCCUGCCCCCCCCACACCUCGCCAUCAGAGUCCUUACCACUCCGGAGAGAAGAGGAACGUCGUUGUUGCCCCAUUUAUCCCCUGUCGAAGUUUUUUAUCUCGUCAUAUCUCUCGUCUCGUUGUGGAUGUGUUCGGAGGACAGUCUCCACAUCGCCCUCGUCCGUCUUCUCGUGUUCCAAGAGGGAUUCUUUUACAUUCAUUCUUUUCUGCACUACAGGACCUUUUUUUCAGCUGGAUUUCUCCUGACGAAAUCCCCCAUGUUUACUAUUGUUAUACAUGAAAAUGACUUUUUUCUUUGAAGAACCACUUGUUUUUAUUUCUUAUCUGUUCAUCGAUAUAAAAAAAAGAUGGAAAAAAAAAAAAUGAAGGCAAGUUCUCCGGUACAGUUUUGUCGCCUGGUGGCUGAACACGGCAUUGAAUGACUUCUGUUUUAGCUUCUUUUAUUUUACCUUUUCCUGCUGAAACGUUUGCAGUUUUAAUAGGCCAGUAGUUUGCAGAACACAAGCUGGGUUGUCUUUCGUUUUCUCUUGUUAUCAGGACUGGUUUUACAACAGAGAACAAGCAAAAGAUUGUGCUGGUAUGUCAAAGGUCAUAGAAGGAUUGUUUUAACGGUUGAAAAUGAAGGGGAAGUAAAUAGACGUCUUCGGCAACGUGUGUGCAUUUCCAUCCACUCACAUCGAAAACAUUACCCCAGGGAAAUAAAUGCCAAGAGAUUGAGCUUUUCUUUUUUUUUUGUUUGUCCAGGUUCUAAGGAGCCAUGUAAGCUCAUGUUGACAAAAAGCAAUGUCUAUGACAAACACUGAGCCA